GAGAACUGUGAAAUUACAUCAGGGUCAUAUUCUAACACCAUACCUCAUUCUAACACCAAAACAAACAAGAGCGCGAACCAAGAUCAUCUUGUCGGGGCGGUGGAUCGCCAACUCGGAUCACCCAACUCCGCCCGGGUGUCAAGUCAAGACGGCGCGGAGAGUGACCGCUAGAACCGGCUCUGACCGGUUAAACUGGUCACUACGAUGUCAAAACAAAGGGCAGCCGGCGCCGACAACUGUUCAAACACGAAGCCUAGUCUCGGCCGGCCGCCGCAAAUGGCCAUCUUGGCCCCUCAAGAGUCAUGUCCGUCCAUAAAAAACAUCCUUCUCAUGGAUUCUGAAGGGAAACGUGUAGCUGUUAAAUAUUAUUCAGAUGACUGGCCCACAAAUAGUGCCAAGGAAGCUUUCGAGAAAACUGUAUUCACCAAGACUCAAAAGACAAACGCCCGUACAGAAGCGGAGAUAGCGAUGUUUGAGAACUACGUUGUUGUUUACAAGUUCGUUCAGGAUCUUCACUUUUUUGUUACUGGGGGAGAUGAUGAAAAUGAAAUUAUCUUAGCCACAGUUCUUCAAGGAUUUUUUGAUGCAGUCGGCCUUCUCCUUAGAAGCAAUGUGGACAGGAAGGAAGCACUAGAGAACUUGGAUCUUAUCCUAUUAUGCCUUGAUGAAAUUGUUGAUGGCGGAAUUAUUCUUGAAACUGAUGCAAAUGUCAUUGCGGGGAAGGUUGCCAGCCAUAGUAUUGAUGCUGGGGCACCCUUGUCUGAGCAGACGAUAAGUCAAGCAUUGGCAACUGCUCGUGAACAUCUAACCAGGUCCCUUCUGAAAUGAUUCUUGCACUCCACCAGAAAAAGAGCAGAGAACUGUUUGUUUUCCUUUUUCCUCAGUGCAAUAGCCAAAACUUUGGCAUAAUUUCGUUUCACUUUUAUGAUUGAUGCUGCUAUUUGGGCUGUUGUUCCAUUGGCGUGUUUUGUUAUAGAGGAGUAAAGUUGAUUUUGGAUAUUAGAUACAGAACAUGAGGGUUAUCUUUCCGGGGAAAUUAUGAAUUGGAUCGUCUGGUGGCACUCUUUAAAUGUGUAACUUCUCUAUUAAUAUAUGUAGGUUUAUGCACCUUGGUUCAA